GGAAGGUGGUACUUCAAUUCUGAGAUCCCUGCUUGGUCUUUUGUGUUUGUUAGUUCCAAGCCUUAAGAUAUCAAUGGAGUUAAUGGUACUGAAAGCCAUGCUGGCACUGGCCAUAAUGCCAUGGUAUUCACUUGCUCUGGACAUUCAACUAGUGAGGCAUUUAGCAGCUCAGAGUAAUGUGACUUGCAUCUUAGUUUUUGGAGAUUCAAGUGUUGAUCCAGGUAACAACAAUGUUCUUCACACCCAAGUUAAAAGCAACUUUCUCCCUUAUGGGAAGGACUUCUUUAACAGCCGCCCAACAGGAAGGUUUAGUAAUGGCAGACUUGGCACAGACUUCAUUGCUGAAGCACUGGGGUACAGAAAAAUAAUUCCUGCAUUUCUUGACCCAAAUUUGAAGCUGGAAGAUCUGCCAUAUGGUGUUAGUUUUGCAUCAGCGGCUACAGGUUAUGAUGAUUAUACUGCUAAUGUUUCGAGUGUUCUGCCUGUUUCCAAACAGCUUGAGUAUUUUGAGCAUUAUAAGAUCCGCAUGAGGAAGUUGGUGGGUGAAGAAAGGGCAGAAUUCAUUAUAAGGAAUGCCUUGUACGUUGUUAGUAUGGGUACAAAUGACUUCUUGCAAAACUAUUUCUUAGAACCUACUCGCCCUAGCCAAUUCAGCUUGGAAAAUUUUCAGAAUUUCUUGCUCUCCCGCAUGUCUAAGGACAUUAAGAUGAUGCAUCGGCUGGGAGCCAGAAGGUUGGUCGUUGUAGGGGUCCUACCUAUGGGGUGCGUUCCCAUUACCAAGACCUUAAAUAACCAGCAAAGCUGUGUCAGAAGUUUUAACAACGUUGCUUACACAUUCAAUGCAAAGUUAUUACAGCAACUGGUUAUCUUGAAGGCAAAAUUAUUGGGUUUAAAGACUGUUUAUGUUGAUAUUUAUGAUAUGAUCCAAAGGGCAGUGCUGAACCCUAAAAAAUACGGUUUUCUGGAAGGCUCAAAGGGAUGUUGUGGGACAGGAACAAUAGAAUAUGGGAAUUCAUGCAGAGGGUUGAGUACUUGUUCAGAUCCAGACAAAUACGUAUUCUGGGAUGCUAUUCAUCCAACACAGAAGAUGUACAAGAUUAUAGCUGAUGUGGCCAUCGAAUCAAUUGCUAAAGAACUAUUUGACAGCACAGCCAACUAAAUAUAUGAUGGCUAUAUAUAUAUAUAUAGCAGCAUUUCUUUGUAUGAAUAUUUAGUAUAUCAACAUGUGAAAUUGAUUGCAAUAUAGUCGUUAGGUAAAAUUUCAUGCAUGUUAGCCCCACUUGGAGAAAGUUGGUUCAGGUUAUUUAGUGAACUAGUAUGGAAUUUCACUUAAUAACAAAAGAAUUAAUGUAUUGGAAAGGAAGUUUCAAAUAUAUAUGUAUU